AUGCAAGGAGACGAGGUUAUCGAGGCCAGUCUACUGCGCCCAGAGUACCCAGGCGACGAUACUCGACCAACAAGUCGGAAGGAGCUUGCUGGCUGGUACAGCUAUGGCUGGGCAGCAGAAGUUUUCACUGUGUGUGCAAUGGGUUCUUUUCUCCCGAUCACAUUAGAGCAGAUGGCUCGAGAUCGCGGCGUACUGCUAUCGGACAAAUCAACACCCUGUAGCGCAACUUGGAAAGCUUCCCGGCAAGUUAUAGGAUUCGAAAGCCCAGGAUACAGUGAACAGGCUGCACCAAAUGCCGGCCAGUGCAUUAUAUACAUCCUUGGUACCGAAAUUAACACGGCUAGUUACGCCAUGUAUACAUUCUCAGUGAGUGUGUUCAUUCAAGCCAUUCUGAUUAUCUCGAUGUCAGGGGCAGCGGACCACGGCAGGUAUCGAAAAAUGCUUCUGGUAAUCUUUGCCUUCAUUGGCGCCAUUUCUACGAUGCUCUUUAUUGCCGUAUCCGCCAAGGUCUUCUUUCUUGGUGGAAUUCUUGCUAUAAUAGCAAACACCUGCUUUGGGUCAUCUUUCGUGCUGUUGAAUUCAUUCUUGCCGCUACUGGUUCGCCAUCAUCGAUCCUUACUUGAAGGGAGCGGCGACGAAGGUGUUGCGCCCAUCGAUAAUCAUACGCCCCAGGAUCACAUAAAUGAUGACCCUACCUCACCUCUAUUGAGGCCCGGCCCUAGGGAGAAUGAGAUGCCAGGGACGCAGUCAGCACAUAUUGCUUCUAUGCCCACUUCCCAGGAACUGCAUCUUUCUACCAAGUUAUCCUCAUAUGGCAUUGGAAUAGGCUAUAUUGGCGCAGUUAUAUUGCAGAUUCUUUGCAUUCUUGUGGUUGUUAGUACUCAUCAAACCACGUUUUCCUUGCGGAUUGCGCUUUUUAUGAUUGGGCUAUGGUGGUUUACGUUUACGAUACCGGCAGCCCUUUGGUUGCGCGCUCGUCCAGGACCGCCUUUGCCAUCUGCUCGCAAUGGAAAGCAAUGCCAGUCAUGGAUAGGCUACAUGGGAUUUGCGUGGAAAUCCCUUGGCCAAACCGUCGUACGGGCGAGACAUUUAAAGGACAUUACGCUGUUCCUGGCUGCUUGGUUCUUACUGAGCGAUGGGAUCGCCACGGUUAGUGGAACAGCUGUGCUCUUCGCGAAAACUCAGCUCGAUAUGGAACCAGCUGCACUGGGAUUGAUUAAUGUGAUCGCAAUGGCUGGAGGUGUUGUCGGCGCGUUCUCUUGGAGCUAUGUUUCUCGGUUACUCAAUCUUCGAGCAUCUCAAACUAUCAUUGCGUGCAUAAUCCUGUUCGAGCUUGUGCCUCUAUACGGCCUACUGGGAUUCAUCCCAGCCGUGAGGACGCUAGGUUUCCUAGGCCUUCAGCAACCAUGGGAGAUGUUUCCGCUCAGCGCUGUAUACGGACUUGUGAUGGGCGGGCUGUCUUCCUAUUGCCGCAGUUUCUUCGGGGAGCUAAUCCCCCCCGGCCAUGAAGCAGCUUUCUAUGCACUGUACGCCAUUACCGACAAAGGCUCUAGCGUCUUCGGACCCGCCAUUGUAGGCGCGGUUACCGAUCGCUAUGGGGAGAUCCGUCCUGCUUUCCUGUUUCUGGCGAUCCUCAUAUUUCUUCCACUACCACUCAUGUUACUUGUGGAUGUGGAACGAGGCAAGCAGGACGCGCUUAAAUUAGCGGCGGAUUUGACGGGCAAGUAUGAACCUCCUACACUCGGAUAUGGGACAAUUCCCAACUUACAGUACGCCGACGAGGGCGAGGCGAGAAUAAAUGAAUAA